AUGCCAUACCCGAAGAACUUGAAAGAAUUUCAAAAGCUUAACGGAUCCCUGGCAGCACUUGGGAGAUUCAUUGCCAGAUCUUCGGACAAGUGCAAGCACUUCUUCAACAUCCUCAAGAAGGGGACGCCGCUGGAAGCUGUUCUCAAAAGUGCUGGGAAAGUAAGAAGGAUAGCAAAAUGGAAUACUCAUCUUGAUCAAUUCAAUAUUGUCCACGAGAUCCAAACUUCCCAAAAGUCACAAGUCUUGGCGGAUUUCUUGGAGGACUUACCUCUGGAUAACGACGAAGAAGUGAAGGACAUACCAGAAGCAGAAGAGGACGGAAAAGAUCCAGUUGAUGUACUCGAACCCUCAAGCCAAAGAAGAUGGGAAGUCUUCGUUGAUGGGUCAAGGAAUAGAGAAGGCGCAGGUAUUGUCAUUAUAAUCACUACCCCAACCGAAGAUAGGAUUGUGCACGCACUAAGAUUAGAAUUCAAGAAAAGACCUCAGACAUGCGGAUGCCUUAGCAUAUAUAUUGUCUAUGUUAAAGAAAGCGUUAAGGCCAUCAAGAUCACAAGAGUGUAUGAGCCGUCGAUUACUCCACAACAAGCCUUCGCUACAAAUCGUGAAGACGACGUAGGGAUUGCUGAUGAUGAUGUGGGGGAAUACAUCGUCGACGACUUCAUCGAAGAUGAUAUCUUAUCAAGAGCAAACGAGGACGAAGAAUUCAAAAACGAAGAAGAUUGGAGAACCAAGGUUCACCUGUUCCUUGAAGAAGGAACGCUGCCAGCAGACCUGAAGAAAACUCUAAAGGUACAAUCAAAGUCAGGAAGAUACUAUCUUCGUGACAGAGUUCUUUAUAAGAAGUCUUUCCUCGGCCCUUUGUUGCGUUGUUUAUCCAGAGAAGUGGGUCACCGUAUCCUGAAGGACAUCCACUACGAGGACGCAGGAAACCACAGAGGGAUGAGAUCACUAGCCGAAAAAGCUAAGAUGCAAGGGUUAGGCAUUCCCGCAGAAAUUGUCUCCGACAAUGGUAAGCAGCUGCAAGGAAAGAAUAUAGACAUGCUCUUUGAUACCUUUAAUAUCAGGAAGAACAAAUCGACUCUCAUUUACCCCCAAAGUAACGGCCGGGUCGAAGCUACGAAUAAGACUCUUUCUCUUAUCCUCAAGAAAUCAUUGGAUAAAUACAAGGGUCGAUGGUGCGAACAGCUGCAGAAUGUGCUAUGGGCUUACCGAACCACACGCAGGUCCGCUACCGGUGAAUCUCCGUUCUUCCUCACUUACGGGGCCGAAGAAGUCAUUCCGACAGAAAUCAUCAUGCCAACCACGAAGACCGAAGCAUGGGAAAAGAACCUAACAAUGGAUAUGAUAUUGGAAAGGCUCGAUGACCUGGAAGAAAGGAGGGAGACAGCGCUGCAAAGGAUGGAGAACUACCAACGUAGAUUAGCAAGGGAAUACAACAAGAAGGUUAAACUUAGAAAUUUUGUAGAAGGACACAAAGAAGUUCUGCAUCUGCGUGAAGAGUACCAGAAGAAGAAGACAACGUACCCGCUCGACAUGUUUCUAUCUCUGGACGAGGAGUAG